AUGCUGUCUUUGGACUGGUUAUUUGAGGGUAUGGUAAGUUAAACAUCUCUAUAUUCACUAUUAUUCUAGCUUUAGGUCCCAAACAUUAUGAAACAACAAGCUGGACCUUUGUUUGCUAAAAUGACACCGGACGUUGAGUUGGAUGAUAAGGUCUUUGGGUAUAAACUCAAGUAAGUCUUUAGAUAUUGUAGUAGCUGAUAAUUGUUGGUUUUUAGAGGUGUAAAUGAAUUAAAUUCGCAUCUUUUGAAAGUGAGGACGUACUUCAGAUACAAAAGUCCAUAUGUAAAGGCUGAGGUAAGUUAUUUUAUUUAAAUUUGAUUUUGUGUUUAGUAUAAAGGAGCUAUAAUCUACGAAGGAGAAGAUGUUGUUACCUUUUUGUGGAAAUUGAACAUAUUGAGGUCGAGCUUCAUGAGGUAUUUUCCAGCAUUUGUAACUGGAAAGCAGGUAUGUUUUGCUAACUUUUUAUUAUAGUUUUAGGUCGUUUUACUCUCGAUAUCUCAAAUUUAUGUUGUUUCACGUUAACCUAUCUUUAAAAUUUCAGGAUUUAGUAAAACUUAAAAAUAUGGGAUGAAUAAUGUAUUUUUUCAGACAGAAUUUGAUGUAAGAGAAGGAGCUUUGGUAUGUUCUGUGAACGAAGAUGGCAAGAUUUACAAGAUGCUUAACCGCCCGGUAACUGAAGCUGAUAAAGAAGCUGCUGCUCAGUUGAAGGCGUUGAAAGAUGAAAUGAAGGAAGAAGAGAAGAAACAAGCAUUAAAAGAAAAAUUAGAAUAG